AUGCCGUUUACUCGAAAUGUUAUGGGACGAAUAAAGAUGGAUCAGUGUUCGCUUCAAAGCCAGAAACUCGAAGAUGAGCCUCGCUCUGAUCGACCGACUGCAAUAUCGUUCGACGAACUGAAGAAUCUGACGGAGCAGCAUCCAUAUGAAGGUGUGCGGUAUUUUGCUGCCAGUUUUGGCUGUUCGCUGUCCACCGUGAGCAAUGGAUUGCGAUCUCUCGGAAUGGUGAAAAAGCUCGGUCAGUGGCUCUCAUAUGCAUUGAGCGACGGCAACCGCCAAAGACGCCUGGACAUCUGCACUCAGCUGCUCUCCAGAAUCCGCAGAUUCGACUGGCUGGACACCAUUGUCACUGGAGAUGGAAAAUGGGUCCUCUACGUCAACAACAUCCACAAACGUGCGUGCUGCGCUGGCGAUGAAAUGCCGGAUCCUUUCGUGAAAAGUGAAAUCCAUGAAAAAGGUCAUGCUGAGCGUCUGGUGGGGAGUUCAUGGAAUCUACUGUUUCGAACUGCCGCCGGACAACACGACAGUUACUGCCGAGGUUUACUGCGCUCAACUGCAAAGACUGGCCGACAAGAUUUGCAAUCCGAUCCGAGCACCCGAAGCUCGACAACGUUCGCCUGCUGCACGAUAACGCGCGCCCUCACAUCGCGAAGACUUCCCAGAGAAUUCUGGAGCUCGGAUGAGAAGUUCUACCGCACCCACCGUACAGUCCAGACCUGUCUCUUCUCUUCUUCUCGAGAAUGA